AUGGCCACCCAAGAUCAGAUUUCGGCAGCCCACACGGCUGAGCCUCGCGACAUGGAGAAGAACGAGGUUGAUGUUCACAACAGAGACCUAUCCGCAGAGAAAGCCGACUCAGACUCCGAGUACAAACAAGAGGGUGUUAGGGCUGUCGAGGCGAUUACCCAGGUUUGGACCAAGAAGGUUGUCAUCAUCACCCUUGUAUUGAUCUAUCUCAUCAGCUUCGUCAGCGCUUUCCAGCAGUCCGUCCAGCAAAAUUUGACUCCCUACGUUACAUCCGCUUUCAACGGUCACGGCCUACUCGCCACUACCAGCAUUGUGUCAACCAUUGUCGGUGGCGUUUUCAAGCUUACGAUCGCCAAAAUGAUCGAUAUCUGGGGACGAAUCAUUGGCUUCUGUUUCGUAUUGCUUUUGAUCACCGUUGGCCUCAUCAUGAAGGCGGUUUGCAAAAACGUCGAAACCUAUGCCGCAGCCCAAACUCUAUAUUGGGUCGGCCAUCUGGGUCUAGGCUACAUUCUUGACGUUGUCAUCGCAGACAUGACCACUUUGAAAAAUCGAAUGAUCAUCUUUGGCCUCACCUCAACGCCGACUAUUGCAACUGUAUUUGCCGGUUCCAAAUUUGCGCAACUAUACUAUGACAAUCUCAACUUUCGCUGGGCUUUUGGCUCAUGGGCUAUCAUUCUGGUUGGCUUUUGUAUCCCUAUCCUUGCUAUCUUUAUCUAUCAUGAGAGGAAGGCCAAGCAAUUUGGUCUGUACCCUGAGAAGCCGCAGGAUCGCACCUGGUGGGAGGCUACCAAGCAUUAUACUGUAGAAUUCGAUGUUGUUGGUCUUUUACUGACCUCGGCCGCAUUCUCUCUAAUCCUUCUUCCAUUCAGCCUGGCUGACUCUGCGCCUCACGGCUGGAAGACUGGUUACAUCAUUGCUAUGUUUGUACUCGGUGGCGUCUGUCUCGUUGGCUUUGUUCUGUGGGAGAAGUACAUGGCACCGGUUCAGUAUCUCCCCUGGGAGUACCUGAAGGACAGAAAUAUCCUCGGGGGCUCUCUCAUCUAUGGAUUCAUGUUCAUCUCUAUCUACUGCUGGGAUACUUAUUACUCCUCAUAUUUACAGGUGGUGAACAACCUGAACAUUACCAUCUCUGGUUACGUUCUGAACUCCUUUUCUCUUGCCUCAUCAUUUCUCUCCCCAUUCGUGGGCCUUGCGAUCCGCUAUACCGGUAACUAUAAGUACAUUGGUAUGACAGGUAUCCCUUUCAUGGUACUGGGAACUGCCCUGCUUGUAAAAUUCCGUACGCCCGAAAGCGGCGUUGGUUACCUCGUCAUGUGCCAGCUCUUCAACGGCUUCGGCAGCGGCAUCUUCUCCAUGUGCGCACAAAUCUGCAUCAUGUCCGCCGUCUCACACCAGGAGAUUGCCGUUGUGUUAGCAAUCUACGGCCUUUUUGGAUCCAUUGGUGCUGCCAUCGGCGAGACCAUCGCCGGCUCUCUGUGGACGAAUAUGCUUCCCAAGCAGCUGUACAAUGACUUGCCAGAGGGCAGCAAGAAUUUGACCAAGACUCUCUAUGGCUCUAUUGUCAACCAGAAGAAGUAUCCUAUCGGAAGUCCUGUGCGCGAAGCAGUGAUUGAGGCCUAUGGAUAUGUCAUGCACCGCAUGGUUAUCGCUGGUGCUGUCUUCAUCAUCCCCGUUGUGGUCUGCUUGUUCGUCUGGAAGAACAUCAAUGUGAAGACCCUGGAAAAGACCAAGGGUACGCAAGCCAAGGGCAACAUCUUCUAA